AGCAACAGCAUCGUCGCUGCAGCCGGCACUAUUAAAGGUGUGGACUGAGCUGAUUGCCUAACUGUCUGUAGAUGGCACUGGCCUAGAGUGCUGUGUGUUUAGAGAUAGGGAUCGAUGUUGCGUUUUGCACAUUGCUAAAGUAAUUUGUAUUUCCGAGCGCAAAGGCACACAAAAAACCAAACCGAAAUAAUUCUAUAACAAGGACAAACCAAAAGCUGUGAUAAAAAUUUGUGUUCUUUGCUACGAAAUCGAAUUUAAGUGUAUUUGUGUUCGUUACAAUGUUUUCUAAUUGUUUGGGGCUUAAGGCCCUAUUGCUGUUUUUCACUUUUUGCUUGCUUCUGCACCGUGCGCAAAUGUCGGCAGAUGCGGCAAUAACGGCGAAUCCCAUGCCCAACACCGAAAGUGCCAAUGAGCAACUGAAAACACCCAUGCAAGCAAACGAAAUGAAGAUGACGGCGACUGCCAAGGAAACCACCGCGGGAAUGUCGGAGAUGUUGAACGAUGAGUCUAUGCCAACGGAGAGCGAAACCAAGACCGGUACGGCGACCACAGCGAGCGAUAAAACGGCUAGCGAUGAGAAGGACUGGUGGAAGCACAUGACACUCUAUCAAAUCUAUCCGCGGUCGUUUAUGGACAGCAAUGGCGAUGGUGUGGGAGAUUUGCAAGGUAUUAUGAUGAAACUGCCUUAUCUCGCCGAAACUGGUAUUCAGGCCAUUUGGCUGAGUCCUAUUUUCAAGUCGCCCAUGGUCGAUUUCGGCUAUGACAUAUCUGAUUUCAAAGACAUCCAUUCGGAAUACGGUACAAUGAAAGAUAUGGAAAUGCUGAUAACGGAAUCGAAACGUUUAGGCAUUAAAAUUAUCAUGGACUUUGUGCCGAAUCACACUUCCAAUCAAAGUGUGUGGUUUGAGAAGUCUGUCAACAAGGAAGACGGGUUUGAAGAUUUCUACAUUUGGGCUGAUGCUAAAAUGGACAAGAAAGGCAAUAAAAUGCCACCAAAUAAUUGGCAAUCUGUGUUUUAUGGCCCUGCAUGGACAUACAAUGAGAAGCGCAACCAAUACUAUCUGCACCAAUUUACGUCAGCUCAACCCGAUCUGAACUUCCGCAACCCCAAGGUGGUGGAGGCUAUGGACGAUGUCUUACGUUUCUGGUUGGAUAAAGGUAUUAACGGUUUCCGCGUCGAUGCUGUCAACCAUCUCUUCAAAGACGUAAAGCUACGUGAUGAGCCACUAUCCGGCAAAACCGACGAUAUGAAUUCCUACGAAUACACCAAGCACAUUUAUACCAAAGAUAUGCCGGAAGUACUGGAUAUGUUGCAGCAUUGGCGUAAACUAAUGGACGAUUACACCGCCAAAAACGGUGGUCCUGCACGCAUACUCAUGACCGAGGCAUACGCCGAUCUGAAAACUCUCAUGGACUACUAUGAAACGAAAGACGGCAAACGAGGUGCAAAUUUCCCAUUCAACUUCAAUUUCAUUACCGAUUUGGAUGAGCAUUCCGAUGCGCGCGACUAUGUCUUCAACAUUCAGAAGUGGCUGACAUAUAUGCCACGUGGCCACACAGCCAACUGGGUCAUGGGCAAUCACGAUAACAUGCGCAUGGCCACCCGUUUCGGUCCGAAGCGCGUCGAUGCGAUGCAUAUGCUGAUGAUGACGCUGCCUGGUGUAGCGGUCACUUACAAUGGCGAGGAAAUUGGUAUGCAAGAUUAUCGUGAUAUCAGUUGGGAUGACACCGUGGAUCCACCUGCGCGCAAUGUUGGGCGUGAGAAGUACAAACAAGUGUCUCGUGACCCGGAACGCACACCCUACCAAUGGAAUACACAAAAGAAUGCCGGUUUCUCUACUGCCGAAAAGACAUGGCUACCCGUUCACCCUAACUACAAAAAUCUAAAUCUCAAACAACAGAAGUCUGAGAAGAGCCACUACUCGGUGUAUAAGUCUUUAGUCGAACUGCGUAAGAUGCCGGCACUUUGCAAAGGACGCUUCCACGCAGAGGUGCUGAACCGCGAUGUCUUUGCUUUUGAAAGGGAAAUUAAGAAUGAUAACUCUAUCAUAACUGUCAUCAAUAUUGGUCCACGUGCACGCGCUGUCAAUUUGACCGAAGUCUUCGACCUCAAAUACCAACAGAAGCUGACUGUAAUGGUGGCUGGCUCCAAGUCUACACAUGAAACUGGCAUUCAGCUGAGUCACAACGCCACAUUCCACUUGAAUCCCUAUGAAGGCAUUGUUUUCGACAUCAACACACCUGCGGCGAAGGAACGCAACAGCAUCGACAUAGCUUACAGACGCACCGUUGUCAGAUUGUUAAUUAAAUCGGUGAGUAUAAUUUUGGUGGGACUGCUCGUACGGCGUGCGUCGUCGAAGAAAUGGACGCAGCUGCGUUGCUGGAAUCGAAGUGACAGGCGAAAUAAUGAGGGCAGAUUUCGUGGGUAGAGCGUGUUCUUUUCAUUUAUUUUAUUUUUUGGGUUUUUUUUGCCUGUUGGCGUUGAUGAACUUAAUUUUACGGAGUUUUGAUUUUAUCAUUAGCUAACGCGACUGCAUGAAUGUCGGAAAAACGUUGACAAAUAAGGGAAUUAAUAUCGUUUUUUGAUACACAAGCUUAUCCGGAGGUCUUGAUUUCAUUAUUUGUCAAAAUUCAAUUAAGGGUGCCAAAUACACACUUAGUCUAAGAGAAAAAAAAUAUGUAUGUAUGAAAUAAAUAAGCAAACAAAAUUUUCUCUUA